CGGAAAAGUCACUAUGGAUUCGAGAUCAUGCCGGUCCGCCCAGCCAAGUCCUGGUCAUCGACAUUGAGGCUACCCAAGUCCUCAUUCCCUCCUCGGCCGUUGCUCGCAGACCAGCCGAAGCACAUCAAAAAAUGCGCCGAUGACCUCUACGAGUGGCAGAGCCGGGAGCGCGCUGCCCAGCAGCCAUUCGUGCUGCAUGAUGGCCCGCCGUAUGCGAAUGGGAGUUUACAUGUUGGGCAUGCGCUGAAUAAGAUCUUGAAGGAUAUGAUUUGUAGGGUUAAGGUGCAGCAAGGUCGCAGAGUUGUUUAUGUGCCAGGUUGGGAUUGCCAUGGUCUUCCGAUUGAGAUCAAGGCAUUGGAGAACUAUAGGGAAAAGCACAAGGAGGGAGAAAAACUCGAUGCGGUGGGCAUACGGAGGGCGGCUCGGGCACUGGCUACGAAGACGGUGAAGAACCAGAUGAAGGGCUUUCGCGAGUGGGGAGUCAUGGCGGAUUGGGAGAAUGCGUGGAGGACGAUGGACAAGACGUUCGAAAUAAAGCAACUCGAGGUCUUCCAGGGGAUGGUCAAGAAGGGGCUCAUCUUCCGACGGUUCAAGCCAGUAUACUGGUCGCCAUCUUCCAGGACGGCCCUCGCCGAGGCGGAACUCGAAUAUAAGGAUGAUCACGAAUCUACAGCGGCCUACGUCAAGUUUCCUAUCACCAAGGUCCCGGAGUCUUUGAGGGAACGGCUACCCGAUGUCACCAAUCUUUCCGCGGUCAUAUGGACAACUACCCCGUGGACCCUUCCAGCGAACAGAGCGAUUGCUAUCAGCUCUGAUUUGGAAUACUCUAUCGUUAAGGUUCACCACGAUCAGAUGAUUAUUGCGAAAUCAAGACUGCCACAUAUCACAAAAGUAUGUUUCGGCGACAACCCCGUGGAUAUAGUUGUGGAUUCUAUACUUGGGAAAGAUCUCAACAGCGUUGAGUACACCAAUCCGCUUCGUGGCAAGGAAUCUGCCCCUCAGCCCAUAAUAUUUGCGGAUUUUGUCUCCGCGGAAUCGGGAUCGGGUCUGGUUCACUGUGCGCCAGGUCACGGGAUGGAAGACUACGAAGCCUGUACUCGGCUUGGUAUCCCAGCUGUCGCCCCAGUCAAUGAUGAAGGCCGCUUCACUGACGCUGCUCUUCCUAGCGAUCCUUCAGUGUUAGAGGGCAAGUCUGUACUAGGGGAAGGUGGCCAGGAAGUUUUGAGGAUUCUUAGCAACACUCACCAGGUCCUCGCUACCCACAAGUACAAACACAAGUAUCCGUACGACUGGAGGACGAAGCUGCCAGUGAUUGUCAGGGCCACCGAGCAAUGGUUCGCCGACGUUGGGAGUGUCAAGGAUGAAGCCCUGCGCCACUUGAAGGCCGUUCGUUUUGUUCCCGAGGCUGGUCAAGCGAGAUUGGAGAGCUUUGUCAAGGGACGCAGCGAAUGGUGUAUAUCGAGACAGCGUGCAUGGGGUGUCCCGAUUCCAGCCCUCUACGACGAGAGUGGGAACGCUGUCCUCACAGAUGCGAGUGUCGCCCAUAUCCUGUCAGUAAUUAACGAGCGAGGUAUUGACGCUUGGUGGACGGACGCGCCUGAUGAUCCAGCAUGGAUCGUUCCAGGACUUGAGGGCGUCUACCGGCGAGGAAAGGAUACUAUGGAUGUCUGGUUUGAUAGCGGCACCAGCUGGACGCAGACCGAGCAGCAAGCAGACGUCUACCUCGAAGGCACGGAUCAGCAUCGCGGCUGGUUCCAAUCCAGUCUGCUCACGCACACCUGCGCCUCAGGGAGGGAUACACCGCCCUUCAAAACCCUCAUCACCCACGGCUUCACCCUCGACCAAGACGGGCGGAAGAUGUCCAAAUCAAUCGGGAACGUGAUCGCCCCCUCCCAGAUCAUGGACGGAUCCCUCCUCCCCGCCCCAACUUCCAAGCGCAAAGGUCCCGACGCUCCACUCGGCGCAGAUGCCCUCCGCCUCUGGGUCGCCAGUAGCGACUACACGCACGACGUGGUCAUCGGGCAACCCGUCCUCAAAGCCACGCAGGCCACACUCCUCAAGUACCGUAUGAUCCUCAAGAUGCUCCUCGGCUCCCUCCAUCUCUCUUCGCGCACCGCCCCGCUCUCGAAACUCGACCACAUCGCCCUCGCCCAACUCGAAUCCACCAUGUCCGACGUCGCGGCUUCGUAUGCCAACUUCGAAUUCCACAAGGGGAUCACUUCCCUGAAUCGCUGGCUCACCAUCGACCUCUCGGCUUUCUACCUCGAGGCUAUGAAGGAUCGCCUGUAUUGUGCGGACGGCGGCGGCGUUCUCGAAGAGCUGUUCCAAGGUCUGCUCCGCAUGCUGGCUCCUGUUACGCCGCUUCUCGUCGUCGAGGCGUGGUCCCACCGUCCCGAAUGGAUGCGCGAUCUCCCCGAUCCCUUACACGCGACUCUGGACGAGCCGCUAACGGCUCGCAACCCGAAAGCAGAACCUCGCAUCAAGGAUGACAUCCCGGCCCUCCUGGCAGCUCACGCCGGCGUCAAGACGGCGCUGGAGGAGGCACGCAAGAGUAAACACAUUGGCUCGUCCCUCGAAGCCGCCGUGGUCUUGCAGGUGUCGCCCUCAAGCCACGCUCUCUUCACGCGCUACGCGGACGAGCUCGCGAGCAUCUUCGUCGUGUCGGGCGUGGAUGUCGUUUCCGGGCCGGGCGAGAUGGAUGUGGCAGCACAGAAAUGGAGCUACUCAUCAAGCUUCGCAAUCCCCGAUACAGAGGGGGAAGAGGGCAUUGCCUGGGUGCUCCCGCCACACGGCGACAAGUGCGGAAGAUGCUGGAGAUACGUUGCGCCGGAAGGCGAGGAACUUUGUAAUCGAUGCGAGGAAGUCGUGGGGUCACUAAGCGUGUAGGAUAAUAGUUUGUUUGUUCUUGUGUAUGUGUAUAUAUGUAUACCUACCUCCCUAUCUAUGUAUAGUAGAAAAAAGAAAUAAAAGUAAAAGGUCCUGAGUAUCGCGU